AAAUUUGCUUCCCAGACCUGACCCCCCGACACGAGGCAAUCCCCCCUUGCUCGCUUCGCUUCCCAAAUGGCUCAUUCCACCACUGCCACUGCCACUGCCACUGACGGCGAGACCGCCCCGGUGCCGCGGGCCCUCGCGCCGGCGCGGAAAGUGGCGCUGAUCACGGGCAUCACGGGGCAGGACGGGAGCUACCUCACGGAGCUGCUCCUGUCGAAGGGGUACGAGGUGCACGGCCUCAUGCGCCGCUCCUCCAACUUCAACACGCAGCGGCUGGACCACAUCUACCACGACCCACACGCGGUGCCGUCGUCCCCGCGGCCCCCGCUGCGGCUCCACUACGCCGACCUGUCCGACUCCUCCUCCCUCCGCCGCGCGCUCGACGCCAUCUCCCCCGACGAGGUCUACAACCUCGCGGCGCAGUCGCACGUCGCCGUCUCCUUCGAGGUCCCCGACUACACCGCCGACGUCACUGCCACGGGGGCGCUCCGCCUCCUGGAGGCCGUCCGCCUGUCGCGCAGGCCCAUUCGCUACUACCAGGCUGGUUCCUCGGAGAUGUUCGGCUCCACGCCGCCGCCGCAGGGCGAGGACACGCCCUUCCACCCGCGCUCCCCCUACGCCGCUGCCAAGGUCGCCGCGCACUGGUACACCGUCAACUACCGCGAGGCCUACGGCGUCUUCGCCUGCAACGGCGUGCUCUUCAACCACGAGUCCCCGCGCCGCGGCGAGAACUUCGUGACGCGCAAGAUCACGCGCGCCGUCGGCCGCAUCAAGCUCGGCCUGCAGACCAAGGUCUUCCUGGGCAACCUCUCGGCGGCCAGGGACUGGGGGUUCGCGGGGGACUACGUGGAGGCAAUGUGGCUCAUGCUGCAGCAGGAUCAGCCGGCCGACUACGUCGUCGCCACCGAGGAGUCCCACACAGUCGAGGAGUUCUUGCAGGCUGCCUUCGGCUACGCCGGCCUCAACUGGAAGGAUCAUGUGGUCAUUGACAAGAAGUACUUCCGCCCCGCAGAGGUCGACAGCCUCCAGGGAGACUCCACCAAGGCGAGGAAGUUGCUCAAAUGGAAGCCCAAGGUUGGGUUCCAGCAGCUCGUUGAGAUGAUGGUUGAUCGCGACGUUGAGCUCGCCAAGAAGGAGAAGGUCCUGGUCGAUGCUGGGUACCGUGACCCCAAGCAGCAGCCAUAGAAGCAGCACGGCUGCUUCUUGCUCUGCUGCGUUCCGGAUUCAGACUGUUGCUCAUACACGGUGAUUCUCAGAGUAAAGGUUGACCCAAGUUACUAUCGAUACUUCUCCAGGUAAGAAAUAAGGAUGGUUGCAGUAUGACCCUCACAGUAUCUUCAUUACUUUUUUUUUCCUGACUAUGUUACACGUCUUAAGGGGUGUUUGGUUUCUAGGGACUAAACUUUAGUCCCUCCACUUAAUUCCAUUUUAGUCCCUAAAUUACUAAAUAUAGAAACUAAAACUCUAUUUUAGUUUCCCUAUUUAACAAUUUAUGAACUAAAAUGGAAUUAAGUGGAGGGACUAAAGUUUAGUCCCUAUAAACCAAACACCCCCUUAAACAAAACGAUGAAUAAUCCAUGCCAGUUUGGUAUUUGGAAGAGGAUGAAACGCCUGUCUGAUUGUAGCUGUUGAUGUUAAGACAUACUGAUAGCAUCAGUUUGUAUUGUUCUACUUCAGCUACUGUCACACAUGUACUGUUUGAUCGGAAAUAUAUGUUUUUUUAGGAAGGUUAAUUUC